CAUUGAUGACGUGUACACACGUGCUGGAUCCGUGGGAUUCCCUAUCAGGAGUGACCUCCGUCUCUUCUGCAGUAAGCAGUGAGUUUGGUAAAUAAACGAGGAACAUCUAUGUUUUAAUGCUCAAGUGUAAGUUAAGUUUCCUCAAAAUUCAUGGGAUAAUAAAGAAAAGCGGACUGCUUUUUAAUUAAACUGUGUAUGGAAAAAAUGCUUCUCAGACUCCCCUGUGUGCACAGACUGGUAUCAGACUGCAUAUGGACUCCAUCCCACAAUACACAAAGAGUUUCGCUUUUAAGGAAAAGCUGCAGGAUUGCUCAGCGGUUCUCCACUGCCUCAGGGAGGUGCAGCUCCAAUGAGGGGCAGAACUCGGGUGCCCCUCCCCCUGGUUCUGAGCUGGCAUCUAGGCAGUCUUUGCUGUCCAGGAGGAGGCGACAGCUGUCCCCACUGGAGAGGAUCAGCAGCCUCCUGCCCCAGGAGGUCCUGAGUACGGAGGUGGAGCAGCUGAGAGAGCAGAUUCAGCAACAACAGCAUGAUGGAGACACAAACAUCCACAGGAAACGCUUCAUGCAAGAGCAAAGUGAAGCUGAGACAGUCCCCAAGCAGGAAGAUUUGGAAACCUAUGAGGCCGCAGAUGCAGCAGAGGUGCCAAACAUGCCACCUCACACGGAGGAGACAACAGACAGUCCUCCAGGGGCAUGCUGGCUUACUUUUGGGGAACUUCUCAUUGCCGAGUAUCGAAAGAACAGGCGAGUGGAGUUCAGAAAGAUGUUCCAGCUUCAGGCAGGCUCUCGGCUGCAGAGCAGCUGGGGGGUCAUCUUGCAUGAGGACAUAGCUGGACACCCUGCAGGCUGCUUCCUGAAAACCAGCAGGGGGGUUUCCAUCUUCAUACGCCGGGCCAGUCUAGAGGACUAUGUGCUGUACAUGAAGAGAGGGCCGGCAAUCGCUUACCCGAAGGACGCUGCAAACAUGCUGAUGAUGAUGGACGUCACAGAGGGAGACUGUGUGUUGGAGUCAGGCUCCGGGUCGGGAGCCAUGUCUCUGUUUCUGUCCAGAGCAGUGGGGUCAAAGGGUAGUGUUGUGAGUCUGGAGGUUAGGAAGGAUCAUCACAAAAGAGCCGUGUUAAACUACGAGCGCUGGAGGAAGUCGUGGAGUCUUCAUCGAGGGGAGCAGUGGCCGGACAAUGUGGAGUUUUACAACGCUGACCUCUGCACAGCCUCCCCCCUGCUCAGUGGCCACGCCUUUAAUGCGAUAGCUCUGGACAUGAUCCGUCCUCAUCUGGCGUUACCCACCGUUCUCCCACAUCUGUAUCCCGGAGCUGUGUGUGCCGUCUAUCUGGCUAAUAUAACACAGGUCAUAGACCUUCUGGAGGGUCUGCGGUGUUGUGGACUCCCCGUGUUGUGCGAGCGCGUCACAGAGAUGCCAGUACGGGACUGGCUGGUGGCCCCAGCCCUUCAGAAGGAUGGGCAGUUCCACACCAGACAAGCUCCACCCACAGAGGAAGAUGAGACCCACACAGAAGCAGAAGAUUCUGCGAAUGACGGCAGCAGUCCGGCCUUUGGCAGCGUCCCAUACAUCGCCAGACCUCAUCCUGAGCAGAUGAGUCACACAGCAUUCCUAGUGAAACUGAGGAAGUACACACAUUAGCCUCCAAUCCAGCAAGGAACUCCACUUAUUUAUGUAACUAAAUCAUUUGACUGGAAGCAAUCUGAAAAAUAAAAUACUUUUAAAAGCUUU